ACAUGGUCGACCUAGUCAGGCAAUGAAUACUGUGAUCUCAGGCCCAAAAUUAUUCUCGGUGCUUUCUUGGAGUGAAGAUCGUGUAAUGUGCUUAAAAGCAUGAAGUUCGCAAGCUCUUUCCCGAAAUAAUCUGUUUAGGCUCCGGUGAAUUGCGUGGAUCCUGGUAAAGUAGAUGGUGGUAGGAAUUCAACCCGGAUUGGAAGUGCUCCGGCCGCUACUUCCGGCCUCGGUCAUGGUUGUGGGUCAACAAACGUGUACAGCUUGAUCCCUUGGGACCCACUGGUGUUAUCGAAAAUGGAUCCAAGGCACUGUUCUAUACCCCCAAAUGUAGUGGCGGCAGUAAACAUCUCCGGCGUAAUUGAACGAGGUCCUCCAGGAGCUCGAUUGCCCUUUGCGGAUUGUUCAAGAUAUACCAACUUUAUUCUGGUGAAAAAUGGUCACUUGCUUAUCGUACAAAGUGAGGACAUCCCCUCUUCGGAAGCCUGGCGUACGAUGGCAUACGAAGACGCGGUAGCGGAUUUUCAAGCUCGCGAAGCUCGCAUUUCACAAAGAUUGUCGGUUGUUGCAUCUCUCAUUGACACAAUCGACUUUAACAAGUCGCAAUUUGUGGUUUUAGUAUCCGAUGCCCAACAGACUCGUCUUGUAACGCAAUGUUCCGACACUAUUCCGCCACUUACAGCCCCGUCAGGAUGGCUUCCCCGAGUGCAAGAAUCAGACUUAUAUGUUUGUCAGUGGUCAGGCGAUAGGGUCUAUUGUAUAUGGAAUGAUCAACAGGUUGAUGUUUUUAUGUCUUUUUCUGUUGCCAAUCGGUGGAGGGUACAGCAGAUGAUUACAAUAACACAUCUCCUUGAAAGAUUGAAGAUCAAUAUUACUUACGAACCACUUGCUAUCGUUGUACGGGGUGCCGAAGUUUUAGGCCUCGUCAUGGCUAGGGUCGAAGGUAGAUUGCUUGAAAUGCGAGACCGCUCGCGCACAAUACUUUGGCCAAACUUCAUGAAGCAAACAUUAUGUUUGAAAGCGGACUCUGUAUGGAUGAUUUUUUAGUUUACAAAGGCAAAAUAUGUCUCAUCCGAUGUUGGAUGUAAUUUUCGAUGAACUCCCUCAACUGAACAAAUCAUCAGUCCUUAACAUAAAUCAACACUGGUACAAGCCCACUCUUCUCAAUUAUGUUCCCGCUCCAGAACCUUUGAUUUAUCGCAUUCCCCAGUGGACCGAUCUCUCUGCCGAGAGAUACCAAAACUCCGAGAGGAAAAAGAAGAAAACACAUUCCACGAAACCUCUACUCCAGUUAA